GAGCCAUGGAGGUACACAUGGAUCCUUCGAAGAGGAAGAAGAACACAGAAGCGAGGAGAGCGAAUGUGAUCUACUUCCUAAACCGCAACGGCCGCAUAGAACACCCUCAUCUCAUCCGCAUCCACCAUUUCUGCCACUCCGGCGUUCACCUUCGUGAUGUGAAGAGAUGGCUGUCCGAGUUGAGAGGAAAAGAGAUGCCAGAUUCCUUCACUUGGUCCUACCAGAGGCGAUACAAGGAAGGAUUCGUGUGGCAGGAUUUAGUGGAUGAUGAUCUUAUCACUCCAAUCUCCAACUGUGAAUACGUUCUUCUGGGAUCUCUUCACCCCAGCUCAUCUUCCUCUGUCCCGGCAGAUUCCUCCGCCGCCGCUGCCGCCGCCGCAGCCGGCGAAUCCAGUGGUGAUUUCUUACCGUUUCCUGAAGCCAACAGUUCGCCGGAAAAGGAGGAACCUUUCGUCGAUGCUGGAGUCUCCGCCGCCCCUCAGCCGCCGGAUAAUGAGCAGUUUCCAAGAGAAAAAGUGGAAGACAUGGGGAAAUCGCCGGCCUUCGUUCCCGGCGGGAGGAGCAAUUCGCGGAAGGCGUCGCUCCUGUUAUGCAGCUUGUUCACUUGCAGGGCGGUGGAGACGGCGGACGCCGCCGUGUGUGACGGCAAAAGGAGAGUCGUCGCCGGCGGCGGCGUUGUCAGCGCCGAGCGCGGGUCGACACGACCGUUGCCGCGUCGUCAUGGAAGUAAUUUGAGGUGAACGCGAAGGCCAAUUUUGUCUAUUGUGAAGCUGUCUGAAUUUGAUCAGUUUUUAAUAAAA